AUGUCAGGCAACAGGGCGAUACCGGACGGUUCGGAGCAAGGAGACAUCUAUCAGAGAACUCCGCCGCAAAUUCAGCUUCGGGCACUGAGAUGGUCCGUUCCGCUCGAUGCAGACAUCUGGCAACGACAGAAAGAUUUGGGGUGGAUCACACCAGGUGACGAAGAGAUCUUGACCACGGCGCGGAACAGGGUAAACUGGGGUAUGUUCGGACUUGUCAUUGGAGCAGCUGUUCCCGCCGUAUGGGGCAAAUUCAUUGCCAAGCCAAACUGGCGUCCAAUGCGCAUCUUCUGGCUCUCUGCCGGCGCCUCCAUUCCCAUGAUGUUGUUGGGCCAAUUGGUGGAAGCGGUCACCGACAACUCAAUUCUGCAAGAGUGUGCCAAUCCGAGGGCUGUUGUGAUUGGUUAUUCGGAGGCCCUGCGCGAUCAAAUGGAGAGGCAAAGAGCGUUAUUGAAGGCAAAUCCAAGUCCAAAAGUGGCUGCUGCAAAAAAGAGGGAGCUUGAACGACAGAGACAAGACGAUUUCAUGAAUCCACCGUCCUGGCAGUCUCCACCUGGAAGCGACUCUGCUGAGAACGGAUUGGUGCCGAACGCGGGCGCCGAGCCUGGUCCGGUGACGCAGGAAUUGGAGAAGCAGCCAAAUGGGUGGAGAUGGUCGGACCGUAAGGACAGCAUGCCUCGGCCACCUCGACCUACCCCUGCCAUUUCCGGCUCUGAGACAGAAGCACGUCCUGAAUCUGCUUGGGAAGCGCUUCGCCGUGGUCGGCUGCCGGGUCAAAACCAAAAGCAGACAGGAGAGCAGAAACAACAGCGCUCUGCUACGCCCGUACCCGACUAUCAGACAGGCCUGGACGAUUUCCAGGAGCCUGCGAGCCCUGAAGAGACCGCGGCCCGCCGCAAGGCGCAGAAAGAGUUUGAUGAUAUGCUGGAAAGGGAGAGGAAAUUCGGUCAAGAGGGUGAGGGGCGGCGGAGACCCGGCGGGUCAUGGUAG